AUGCCGCCUCGAAUAAAUAUUCCGCCGGUUACACGUAUCCUUCUCAUUGCUCUACUAGGCCAGUCAAUCCUCAGCGCUGCCAUAAGAUAUCGGCAAUGGACUGCCAACGCAAACAUCGUCAUUCCCUACUUGACUCUGGUGCCGCAGUUGUCUAUCAUCUAUCCCUGGACGUUCAUAACAUCAACUUUUGUCGAGAGUAAUGUGUUUACGCUCGGAAUUGCUGCUGUAACGAUAUACCACGGAGGACGAUAUCUCGAAAGAGCAUGGUCAUCGGCUGAGCUGGCCAAGUUUGUCGCUAUUGUAUCGCUGGUUCCAAACUUCCUGACACUCUGCGUUAUGGUGCUUUGCUUCACGCUUACACGUAAUGAGAACUGGACCCUGACUGUCAUUGCUGGAACCAUUCCCGUUCAGAUUGCUUUCCUUGUCGCUUUCAGCCAACUCGUCCCAGCGCAUACCGUAACCCUGUUCCGCGGUGUCAUAUCUCUCCGAGUCCCUCGAUUUCCUCUCAUCUACAUCGGUGCUGUUUUCUUUCUCUCCCUCACGCCUCUCCUGACCAGAGCUGCUCUGUGGCUUGCCAUCUUUGGAUUUCUUACCAGCUGGACCUAUCUCCGAUUCUACAAGACUGUGUUCCCCGACCUCGACUCGGCACAAGACGCCUCCCUCCGCGGCGAUGCGAGCGAGACAUUUGCAUUUGCCGAGUUCUUCCCUGGCCCGGUAAAGCCAUUCGUCGCUGCCAUCGCCGAUCAGAUCUUCCUGGUGAUGGUUGCCAUGAGGUUGUGUACGCCUUUCACACCGGCAGACGCCUCCCGAAACGACAGCCGGAUCCAACGGAGUGCCCCUGGAGGCGCUCGCGCAGAGGCCGAGAGAAGAAGAGCCAUCGCCCUCAGGGCGCUAGAUCAGAGACUACAUGCCGCUACAAGCAAUCAGCCAGCCCAGAAGCCAGCCCAGGCAAACCGGCCGACAGGUCCAACGGUGCAAAGCCAGCCUCAGCCGGCUACACAGACUGCCAUGACAUCGUCACCCGGCCCCAUGCUUGGCGAGACCAAGUUCGAACCUGAUCAUGACGAUGCGAAGAGCUAA